AUGAGCCGACCUCUCCUCCUGCUGGCUGCCGUCACUGGCGCGGCCCUCGCUGCCGACUCGACCACAACCGUCUCGGUGCUGUUGCCCAUGUUCGACCCCCAGUCUCUCGUCGGCUCCGUCAUCGCCGUCGACAGCCAGGCGACGACGUACGCCAUCGGCUGCGCCCCCGAUACCCCCUCCGAUGAAUGCGGUGCGCCCUCAUCCUACACCGUCGCCCAGGGCCCGUCGACGUGGAGUCUUGGCAUCAAGGACGACCCAGCGUCGGGAAACGCCAUCGUGACCCAGGACAACUUGUGCAAGCUUGACCCGGAAAAGGACAUUGCCAUCUGCACCGCCCGUCUGUUGCGCUCGCUCGAAAGCGACGAGUCCGAGUCCACCAUACUCACCACCGUCACGGGAUACAAGUCUUCGAUGCUGCCCGUCACCGUCACCGCUGGCCUCGACAAGUUGACCCCGGCGCCGGCCGCCAGCAGCACCAUCUCCAACGCGGCAUCGACGACGUCGUCGACAGCGACGUCGACAGCGACGUCAACGACCAAAGGUACCGUCACCUCGUCCACGACAACCAGCGGGGCGGCCGGUCCCGCAGCCACGCAUAAUGCCAUCCUCGCCGGCGUCGCUGCCGGCGUCGCUGCCGCCGCCUUGCUGUGA